UUAUAAUAAAUUUGACGAAAUUAUUUAAUAAAAAGAAACUAAUAAAAAAAAAUAAAGAAUUUUAAACUGUGUUUACGCCUCUUUUUUGUCAUGUUUAAAGCCAACAAUUUAAGCCUUUUGGCAGUUUGGUGCUGUUCCUUACUAGCCGCGUGCUCCUGCAGUUCUAAUUUUCCCGCUGAUAUACCGCGUUGUCAUGCUGGCGAUACAAAUUGCAUCACGCGUACAUCAAUGAAUUUAGUGCGUCAAUAUGCAAGAACAGGAUAUCCAGAGGCAGCUUUCCCAGUUAUUGAACCUUUUCUGUUAAAACGUUUUGAUAUCUCCGAUGGACGUGAGAGCUCAUUAAGUUUGAAAUUAAAUUUUAAAGAUGUUCGUGUUGAAGGAAUUUCUGGAGUGCAGAUCGACAGAGCAGUUGGCUUUGACCGUGAUCCAUCUACGAGUAAAUUUGAAAUGUAUGGCUCGUUUCCGAAACUACAAAUGCGCGGUAAAUACACAGCUGAUGGACGCAUUUUAAUUUUACCUAUUCGUGGGGAUGGCGAUGCUGAUAUAACACUCAUUAAGCCAAAAUUUUCAGUUAAAUUCAAGCCAUCCAUAAUAGUUAAAAAUGGAAAAACUUAUAUAACAGUAGAUAAAUUAAAGGUGCUAAUAGAACCUGAAAGAAUGUCAAUAAGCCUUACGAAUCUUUUUAAUGGAGACCAAGCUUUAGGAAAUCAUCUAAAUCAAUUUUUAAAUGAAAAUUGGCGGGAUGUCUGGAAUGAACUUCAAUCAUCGAUACAUGUGGCUAUAUCGGAAAUUAUACGAAGUAUUAUAACAACUGUGGCUAGAAAGUUUGCUUAUGAUGAUUUAUAUCUAGAGAAUUAAUACUUUAAAAUAUUUCACAUAGAAUUUAUUUAUAUAUAUUUGUUUUUAAUA